AAGGGCACCUCCACCCGAUCCACAUUCUUUGAAGUUAUUGUGAAUGCCUCGAGGACCAAGGGACCGUUGAAAUUUCCAAUUUCAGGAAGUUCCAGUGGAUGCCCAUCAGGAAGAUUCUCAUGCUGGACAGAAGGGCAAGAGAGGUGGAUCUGUGAGGGAAAAGACCCAAUAGGAUAACUCAAGUUGCUGAAAUGCUCGGAUUUAAGAUACCUGUCUGAUGAAGCAGUAAAUGAAAUCUGAUUUCAAGGUCACUGAAGGAAGGAAAUGCUUUUUGACAGAUUGUCACUUCUGAAUAAUCACCAGAGAACCACUUCAGGUCCAAUUAGACAAGCCAAAAUGAAGAACAGUUAGUCAGAUGAUUUAAGUGUUUGAUUUGAAUCUGCCGACUCUUCAGUCUCCUGGCUUUUUUUAGUGUGAUAUGAUGAGGGACAUUUAAGAAGAUUAUUCUCAGUAAAUGAAUUUGUAACCUCUCAUGGUUAUCCAUGUGUCCCAGUACCAGCAGAACAACCUUCUGAAACCUCGGCCUGUCUCCCAGUUGGUUGCACAGCAGGUUACCCAGCAGUUUGUGCCCCCUACACAGUCAAAGAAAGAGAAAAAAGAUAAAGUAGAAAAAGAAAAAAGUGAAAAGGAAACAACUAGCAAAAAGAACAGUCAUAAGAAAACCAGGCCAAGAUUGAAAAAUGUGGAUCGGAGUAGUGCUCAACAUUUGGAAGUUACCGUUGGAGAUCUGACAGUCAUUAUUACAGACUUUAAGGAGAAAACGAAGUCACCGCCCGCAUCUAGUGCUGCUUCUGCAGAUCAACACAGUCAGAGUGGCUCCAGCUCUGAUAACACAGAGAGGGGAAUGUCCAGGUCAUCUUCACCCAGAGGAGAAGCCUCAUCAUUGAACGGAGAAUCUCAUUAAAGUUUAUUUUCUCCAAUUUCCUAGUCACUUCUGUCAUACCAUGCAAAUACACAGAUUAUGCCAAGAAGUACCACAUUUUCAUGACAAACAUAUUCAUGCACAAUCCAUAAUUUGCAUUUUACAUAAAAUAGAAAUUUGUUAGCUUUUAUUGCAAUCUAUGCCUACCAAACAUUUCCAGACUUAACAUUUUGGUCUCCACAGUUAAAGGUGCCAUGAAAAUGUGGUUGAAUUACUCAUUAUGCAGUGUUAUUGGUAAGUCUAUUUUCACUUUUAGUUUAGUGAAUUCUAACACAUAAUUCUUGAAUUCUCUACUAUUGGCAUGUAACGAAUUUAAAUUUUUAUAACAUAGUGCAAGCUGCCUAAAUAUGUAUUAUUUGAGAAUUGUGAAACAAAUAGUUAUAUGUAUACAAGUCAAAAAUCAACUUAAUCAACUGUUGCUACAACAGAAUUUUCUUAAUGGUUAUCCUCUUAAAUACACCUGCUGGUACUUGGUGUGGUUAAAUAGGAAGAUUGUUAUUAAAUAAAGAAUUUGUAUGAACCAUUGCCAAUGUUUUUGACACAUUUUACUAAAUUAUUGUUCCUGAAUUAUGUUUUAGGUUUUAUCUGUUUUUUGGGGGGUUUUUUGCUUAUCUUUCAAAACAUUCAUUUAUUGUAAUGUUUACUAGCAGACUAGUAAACAAUAAAACAUUGAUUACUUGGCUUUAUAAUUCAGAUUUAGUGCUAUUGUCAUUGAACACUGGUAUUUUCUGUAUUAUAUAGAACAUUAAAAUUCAAGUAAUUAUAAGCAUUUGGCAAAAACAGAAGAGAAGAAACCUGUCAUAUUUUAAAAGCUGCAGUUUUGGAAAAGCUUUAUCUUAAUAGUUUUAUCACUGUUUCCUUGCCCCAAACUUAUCCAGGGUCAUAGAAGUGUGAAUCUAAUUAAUACAGAAAUGGGAACUGUUGCACAGAACUGAGAAAUAACUAAUCUUUAAUCAGUUUAAUUGGCCUCUUAUUAAAUAUAACAAUUCUUAUAAAAAUUAUAGUACCCUAUUUUCAGAAACAAUUGCCAGUUUAUGCAUUUAUCGAUAUCCUAAAAUUUAAAAAGUAUUUACAGCCCCACUUACUAUUAUGUAAAUUUACCAAUAAAAUAUUUUUAUGACUACA